GACUGGGCAAAAGAGCCAGAACCUGAGGAGACCAUGGGCGAAUUUGUCAGACGAAUUUCAACGUUGGUGCGUAACAUGUCGUCAAGAAGGAGAACAAAAGGCAAGGAAUCAGAUAUAAACUAUGCAAGAAUGGAGGAGGAGCGCAAUAACUCCUCUGAGAUAAAGCCUCAGAAACAACUAAGAGACAAUGACGAAAAGGAUCCGCCAAAGAUAGAUACUAGUGAAAUUAGUAAAAUACCCGACAGGGCCGAAGUCUAAUACUUUUGGGCAAUAUUGGACAUUCUCCAGCAUAGCAUCUGCCUGUGGCAGAUAACUGCGGAAAACAAUCAGAGUCGAUAUAAAAUGGUGUUAUAAAUCUUCAGCUGUAAUAACAGCUAAGCUGUGUGACGUGUGCGUGCGUCGACUCCCU